CUAUAUUCUUUUCAAUUUCAUGAUUUUUCUCCUUGUUUACAAACUCCAACACCACUCUCUCUUUCCAUUUUCAUCUGACUCACUCUAUGCUUUCUCCACCAAAUCAAAUCACCAAGAAGAAUGAUUCUGUUCUUUUCUUAGCUACCAAUCCAACCAAUUAGAGACCAUAUUCUUAAGAUCUUGUCUUAUUUCCGAAAGAGGAAAGCUUGCAGUUCAAAGGGUAUGUCUGUUAUAGGCGCAUGUUCACAUUUUCUCUACGGAGAUUUUCACCAGAGAGAUGAACAGAGUCCCUUGUACUUGGUAGGUAGCAGGGGGUGUUUGUUUCCGAGCAAGAGUGGUUGUGGGAACUCAUUGAUUCAAAGAAAGAGCAGAGAAGGGAAGAUUAGGAAGAGGAAUUUGCGUGUGGAAGCUAUGUGGGAUAUUUCAAGACCGAGUACGGUGGAGUUGAUACCCAUCAAUGAUUCUGAGCAGCUGGAUCAGAUUCUAGUUCGAGCUCAGCAAAACUCAGAGCCCAUCAUCAUUGACUGGAUGGCUUCUUGGUGCCGGAAAUGCAUCUAUUUGCAGCCCAAGUUGGAAAAAUUAGCAGCUGAAUUUGACACCAAAGUCAGUUUUUAUUGUGUGGAUGUCAAUAAAGUUCCUCAGACUCUAGUCAAGCGUGGCAAUAUAUCUAAAAUGCCAACAAUUCAGUUAUGGAAAGAUGGAGAGAUGAAAGAAGAAGUUAUUGGAGGCCAUAAGGGCUGGCUAGUAAUUGAAGAAGUCAGAGAAAUGAUCCAAAAGUUUAUAUGAUACCUUCUUAUUUAUUUUUCUUACUCCAUCCUGACACAAAGUGCCAAUGUAUAUUUUUUUUGAAAAAUGUAAUCUUCUUAUGUCUUUGUAUAAUUGUAUUUAUUUUGGCAACUGCUUAUAGCUCUGUAUCAUAUAUUAAUAGAACUGUACAAUAGCCAAAAUAAUUUUUAGAGGAAAAUAGAUUUGUA